UUAGGCGUGAUUAACGUUUUUAAGUGUUCCAAUUGCAAAAAUCUUUGCCCGUUCGCUUUGGAAGUGUUCCCAUUCCAUCAUUGAUAACAGUCCAAUUGUACCCAUCUGUUAUUUCUCGCUAAUGUUAUAAGCUUCAAGAAGAAACUCGACUCUUGUGUCCACCUGAAAUAUAGACAGGAAAAUGAUUGAGCUAACAGUGAGGACAUUGGAUUCCCAGAAUCACCAAUUCACAGUGGAAGAGGAUAUUACAGUUGCUCAGUUCAAAGAGAAAAUAGCAAGUACUGUGAACAUUCCAGCAGAGACCCAGCGCAUUAUAUACUGUGGGCGCGUUUUAAAUGAUGAAGCAAAGCUUAAUGAGUUUGAUGUUAAUGGAAAGGUUGUUCACUUGGUGGAGAGAGCUCCGCCAUCUGAAACGCAGCGCUCAAAUAACGUAAGUACUGCAAGUGCCCAAUCACCAAUGGGUAGAGGAAAUGCAAUGUAUAUUGGUUCCAUGCAGAUUCCGGUAGAGCCUUUCGAUAUAGUUUCGCCACCACCAUCACAAAGUCUGGCUGCAAGUAGACUGAAUGUGGCCAGAAGAAUGUUAAGAAGGGUGGAAGCUAUUCUGAACAUCUUAGAGAAUCCAACUGCACGCCCUGCAGAUGUUGUACCACCUGAAGAACCACAAGAGGAAGUCACUCCAGUUUUUGAAGCUAGAGUUAUUGUGCCCAGGGGCGACUCUGCACCAUUGGAAGAGACUUUAUUGGAAGCAGUUCAGGAAAAUUUAGCUCAAACUUCAGGAAGACCCACUGGAUCUGAGGAAGGUGCGCAGGCAGUGACAGCGUCAUCAGAUGCAGCAGCCGAUGCUAUGCAAUCUUCUAGUCCUGAAAUAUCUCCACAAGGCUCGACAGGAUCUUCAACGCCAGAUACAACACCUAUUUCUUCCUCUACUGAAGACUUGGCUGCUGAAGUAAACCGAGAGCCACAGAGCAGUACUACAAAUAAUACAACCAAUGCCAAUACCACUAAUACUGCAGAGCGCGCAUCACGACCUUCAGACAUGGUGGAACUUUUGGAUAGAUUGACUAGACUGCAAACGAGGUUUGCUCCAUUUUUGGAAAGGUAUCAAAACUUUAUGAGAGAAGAUGCAGUUGUUGAGCAACCGAACAUAAGACCAACCCAAUUGCUGAUCACUCGUGUUUCUGAAGUUUUCCACUUGUUGGGUCAUGCUUAUCACUCGCUUAGUGACAUAUUACUUAUGGUUAGAAAUCCUCCUCCUCGAUCUUUAUCUUGUAUUCCAAUACUAAUACAGCAUUCGGCAGUGUUGCAAGCCGGGUUUCCAAUACAGGUUGAGGCACAAAUUAAUUUUGGUCCUGAGAAUGCAAAUGAAAACAGUUCUACGCCGACGAGUACUACCAAUGGAAAUGCUACUACUGCAAAUGGUAAUGCUACUAAUGCGAAUGUAAAUGGACAGGCUACGACAACAACUCCUCCAUCGUCUGGUGGUGGUAAUGCUAGGCCGAAUAUAUCGAUAAAUCCGAAUAUACUGAGUUUCCAAACAAUCCCGAUCGGUAUUAGAACUAUGAGGUCUGCAAGCGGAGGCACCAAUAGGCAAACAGGUAACGCUCCAGCUGCCAAUGCUUCGAAUGCAGCUUCUAGUAAUAAUGGCUCAAAUCCCAAUGUGGAAUUGUUUAUGGAAGUUACUCCGGAUAGUAUUACAAUAGAUUCUUUAGCUACCACAUUGCUAGGUGGUUCCAAUCAAGGAGGAGAAGCUGGACGUGCAAAUCUCGCUGGAGCACCACCGCCGGAACUGUUUCAGACCUUCGUUCAGAUGGCAAACCAGUUUGUGAACCGCGGUACUAAUGUCGCGAACACCGCUCCUGCUUCCACGCAGCAAUCACAGACGACCAGCCCGCAAACUCCAGAAUCCGCUCUCAAUCAGAGCGGACAGAAUUCGCAGGCUCGAGGCAACACGCAAACCAAUCCCACUACAUCCACACAUACUCGCAGUACACCCAGACCUCACGUCCACUUAUCUCAGCAUGCCAUGCAGGGAUUCGACCCCUUCCUCCCCUGCAGUUCACAUCACAUCUCGCACCGACGAAGAGCUCAUCUUAGGAACCAGAGCAACAAUAAUAACGCCCGCGCCCAAACGAAUGGCAACACCAACAACAACUUUGGAAGAGUGUAUAACAUAGUUCAAGGCGUCUUGAGUUCGCUUCAGAAUAUGUACGAUAGACGUGCUUCCACAGGAUCCAAUGGAACACCACCUACAACAAGCGCGUCAACAGCAACACCCAACCAACCGAAUUUUCACCAGAUAUUUACAAAUCUCUCCAGCGCAUCCACUACCUUGCCAACCAACGGUGACGGAAGCCGAGGUCCAACACUUGCAGAUCUAUUAUCUGCCGAAUUUGUGCACGGAGAAGGAAUCUUCAAUGAUCUAUUAAUGUUCUUGUCGCAAAACUUGACAAUAGGCGACUUGGUGACUCUGAAUUCGGGCAGAGUCGAACCGUUCAUUCGUGUGCGCAAUGAGCUUCGUACGUUCGUAUUGGAUAGAAUUUUGGAAGGAUCUCCGACGCCCGACAAUCUUGAAAGGGGCGUGAACAAAUUGCUCGAAGAAAUGCAACCUUUCUUUGAUCAUUUGAGCCAGUUGCCUGUUCAAGGGGACAUCGACUUAGUCAGAUCAGUGAAAUUUUUAAUUGGCUCGAAAUUGCGAAACAUCAUUAUGCUCGCCGUAUCCAGAUCCUCGACCUCUGUAAAAUCGUUAUAUUUGAAGAUUCAGAUGUUGAUGCACCAUAUAUGCGCUUUGAUCCUACACGCUAGCAGUAAUGGUCAAAGAGGCGUCGAAGACCUCCUGAUGAGUAUACUGUCCCGGUACAUGGAAGGUUAUAUUCCGCAAGAUGUCGAGCAAUGGACAAUAUUAGCAGUUCGAACACAAUUGCAACAGUUUAUUACAAAUUUGCGCGUUCCUACCAGCUCAUUGCAGCAGUAUAUCAUUAGAAACGUUGAUUCAAUUACUGCUACCAAUGUGGAGCAAAUGGAAACAGAGGAGCAUGUAGAUCAGGCAAGCAGUUCGAGUGCGGUGCAAAUAAACUUGGGCGAUAGUCAAAAUGAGUUGCCUGCAGUCGAUGUAGGAUCGGAAUCUUGGCAUGGACAGGUUCCCAACGAUUGGGUGCCUAUUAUAAGCAGGGAUAGUCAAGGGCAGAGGCGGCAAAAUCCGCAAACGCCAUUAAGUGACGCUUAUUUAUCGGGAAUGCCCAGCAAGAGACGCAAGAUUGUAACUAGUCCAAAGCCACAGGGAAGCCUUCCGCAAGUAAUAGCAGAGAGCAUAAGGAGGGCUGUGGUAUCGACGGGAUUGUCUACCAUAAAUAACGUGGAAGAGGUAGCCCAGGAAGCAGGCGACGACCUUAACAUCCAAUCCGCUUACCGGGAACUGCUCAGGACCAGAGUACAAUCAAACAUACAGGAUAACGAGGACUUCACGCCGGAUCGAUUCCCGAACGCAUCCAACUAUUUUAACAAACAGCAGUAGAGAAAUGCGAUCGAAAUAUAUUUAUACAUAUUAGAACAUUUUUACAAUACGUUAUUCUUUUACUUUUUAAUUCGACGAUUGUUACAAUUUGUUUCAAAAAGGAAGAACGGAUGGAAAAAGGACAUGAAUACGAACGGUUGAGACGACUUAACGUGUUGUACCAGUGAUACAGAAGAAGGGUUUAUAAAGUUUCGCGUUUCGCAUAAUUUUCUUAUACAUUAUAAUUAUUUAUUUCAGCAGCUGUAUUUAAUUGAGUCGCGGACCUCGGAGGAGGCCGCUUCUAUAAUUACUCUCAUUUUGA